GCCACCUGGAAGGGCGCAUUCUCCGUAGGCGGAUGUGCCAGAACGCAACACCUAGCGCCGACAAUGGUGGCCUGCUGCCACCUAAGCACUUGCAACUCAAUGGAAGCUCGUCUCAUCUGGCCCCGUCAGGGCAGGGCGGCCGGGACAGCCGACUGAAAAGCAGGGCUUCAGGUGCUUUCACCAAAAAUAUCUCCAGAUAGUUUCACUUCGCCAGAUAGUUUCCUCAUUGCAUUCUUACGAGGUAGGAUAGGAUUGGUAGGGGAGCAGGGGUACUUGGGUUCCAGGUAUAGGUGGUGCAUCUCAUGCUCUGCGGGCGUUCCAGUCGCAGGGGUGCAGCGUAUGCCUGCCCGUAACCAGAUGCGAACGCUCAGACAACCCUCUGAUAAGCUCCGACGCUCUCCUUGAUUGUUGCAGAUGAGAAACUGUCAGUCACCAGGAUCUAGCACACCUCUCAAGCUUGCCCGACUUUCCACGUAAUGGCUGACCGGUGGCCACAACAAGAUGGCAGGCCAGAUCUACCCAGAACUGAAUCAGGUAGCGAUGCCGGCUCCGACACUCAUCCGAAAGCAAGUGAUGAUCCAAUCCAGAGUCCGCUCGCAUCAGCAAGCUCCGGGGGUAGGGCCAGGGGCCUUGCAGAGCUUCCUGCCGUGAGGGAGGUCCUCCUGGGGACAAUUGACAGGCCGUCGCCCGACUUGCAGGCUCUGUAUCAGGCGUCAGGAACCUCGGUUGAUGAGCUGCUGGAGCAGAAGAAAGCAAUAGACUGCUUGGCGUCGGCGUCACUUAUUAACGCAGGCGUGCAGCGCCAGAAGAAAGGUGACAGUGACCCUGGCAGGAAGCGGAGCAGAAGCAAGGCGGAGGAGGGCCACGGUGGCCAAGAAGGGGGCGCGGACCUGAACGACUCUGGGUCAGAGAAGCCGAGCAAGACCACUACAAUUUGGACAGAAGAUGAGGAUAAGUUGCUGUACGAACUUGUUGCACGCUUUGGCACGUCCAAAUGGUCUCUGGUUGCUUCCAAGUUUGAAAACAAGACAAAUAAGCAAUGCAGGAGAAGGUGGCAAACGUGUUCCAAUGUAAUGGGAGCCAAAGGCGCCUGGACAGCGGAAGAAGACAACCAGCUCAUCGAGGGGCACGCGUUCUUCGGGAACCGCUGGACGGACAUUGCAAAGCUUGUGCCGGGGAGGACGGACAACGCCGCCAAGAACCGGUACUUUGCGCUGCUGCGGAAGCAGGCGGCGUCCGCAAAAGCCGGCAAGCCGUCCGAAGAGGAGGGGGGAAGUGGUCUCGCAGUGCUGUCCGAAGACCAGCAAGUGGACCCUAGAAUAGCGUCCGCAAUCCUGCAAGCAUCCCCAGGAGCUCGCAGCGAGCUGCCCGGCCAGAAGCGGAAUCGACCGAGCGACGACUUUUCCGCGGAAGAGGUCGAGGAGCGGGUGAGCCCCCGCUUCCGGGGGGGCGCGGCAGAGCCGUCUCUCGGGCGCCUCCAGGGGCUGUUUUUCCCCCUCGAAGCGGGGCUGGAACCGGGCCCUCAAUUCGGACAGGGCCUGAACCUCAAUCUUCCAGAAGCGCGCUUUCUGCAGCAGCAGAAGGGCGCGCAAGAGUUCCGGUUUCGGCGGCCUGAGGGCCCGCAACCCGGCAUCAGCUUCUCACGGCCAGAGGAGCUUCCAGGGUACUUCCCACCCCGCGAGGGUCUGCGUCAGCCACACGUCGACGCCGCUCCCUUGCCAGUCAUCCCCAGACCGGACGGCGCCGAAGGGGGAGCUGCAGGGGAGGGGGGAGAUGCGCGACAACCCCGGCAGGAAGCGUCGAGGAAAGAGUCUCUUGACCUUGACCUAAAUAGCACGCCACUCAAGUGGUUGUGAGGAGUCGAGCGUUGAGACGACGUGCUUCUUGACCUCGGGCUCGGUUUGGUAGUUAUUGUAGGUUGUUGGUGUGGCACCCACAGAGAGUGUAUAGUAUGAUGUGGGGGUUACGCGUAUCUUGUUCCGCUCCGAAUGAUCAGGCAAGGAGCGGCAUAGUGCACCCAGGCGGGUGCCUUAGGUCAACAACCUGCCUCACGACAGUCAAUACGGAAUACGGGCUCGGGCCUUGUCUCCUCCUGGACAAGGCACUGGCUUUUAUAGGGCAAGAGGAGAGGCUUUCUUGGCGUUUGCCGAGGCUUUGUUGUUAGGGUAAAAGUAUGAAGAUUGACGUUACCACAACACAUUUUAAAUGAAUUAGUUGCAUAAGAGUUGCAGUACAUUGGACUCCGAAUUAGUAGGUACAUAGAUGGAGGAAUCUGUUUGAGUUUCUAAGUAAAUGCUCAUAGGCGGUUUGAACGAUUGUAGCUCCACUUCCAUUUGUCGAUCACUAGCAAUGACAGUCAGUCUAAAAGACAGAGAAAGAUAAAGGUCCAGAAGAAUUGAACGACGUUGACCUGCUCAAGUUUGGUUAGGGUGUAUUCUUUGUUAAUCCUUUUUGCC